UAUACCAGCCCCUUUUCCCGUACAAGGCGACUGUUUUGUGAUUGUGGACAUCAUGGUGUGGGAGGUGGUGACGCCAGCUGUGCCAUCCAGCAAUCCCAAACACAACAUGUGUGAAUCUGAGAUUCACUGUGAACAUACAGGAGUGAUGAUGGCUAUGGAUAGUGACCAGCAGUCACAUGACCUGCUUCACUGUGAGGAGCACCUCCCAUCUUCACCCAUCAUACCCACCAGUGACAGUUACAUGGAAUACGAUGACCUCCCUGACCUGCAGGAGGUCCAAGAGGAGACAGAGCUAGUGUACCCAGUGGAGGCUGGCGUUUCGCACCACGAGCGUCACAAUGCACACUCACAGCCUGACACUCAUUGGCUGACGCAGUUGGCUCUCAUCGCCACCGGACCUCAAAGCCCAUUGCUGCAGGACUCUCCUUGCAGCAGCUCAUCGUCCUCUGUUUGCAUCUCAAGCCCCAGCAAUGAUUUACAUUCCUAUGCCCGACCUCCUCCUCCUAGCAGCCAUCUUUCACCCCCCAGAGGCCAUGCCAGAGAGCGUCGCCACAGCAGAACAAGCAGUGAAUGUGGCUCUGCAGUGUCAAACAGAUCCUCUCUGUCUGAUGAUGAAGACAUGGGCUGGAGCUUCUCUUGGCCAUCUACAGUCUGGCACUGUUUUCUGAAAGGCACUCACCUCCGUUUCCAUAGUGGUUCUAAUGUGAAGUGGCAGGACAUUGAGGACCUGGACUCCAGUAUAGAGGACUCUGGAGAUGAGGAGCAAUCUAGAUUUCUUAAGAGUUAUGGCUCUGAAGGUCUGCAGCUCUUGGAGCAUUCAGAGAUUGUGUUGUCUGGUCAGACUAUCCUCCAGCUGACUUUUAACCCUGGGGCAUUCGGACACGCCCCUGUAACCGCCCAGUGCCAACUUGACCACCCCUUCUACGUCAAAAACAAAGGUUGGUCAUCAUUUUACCCAAGUUUAACCGUGGUGCAUUAUGGGAUACCAUGCUAUGAAAUGGAAGUUGGAGAUUUGUGCCUGCCUCCUGGACACAGAGAUGCCAAAGAUACUGAUGACUCAGUGGUCUUUGACACAUUCAGGAGUUAUGAUUUUACUCCUCUGGAUUCUUCUGCUGUUUACGUGUUAAGCAGUAUGGCCAGACGGCGGAGGGCCUCCCAGUCCAGUGGGGGCACUGUGUCCCCAGACAGGGACAAAUUACAAGGUUCACCCAGUCCCAGCCACUCCCGCUCUCCUCAUCAAAAGCCAACUAAGAACCAGCAUGCCAUCACACCAGGAGGCAACAAUGCCACAGGCACUAAGUGCAAGCGGCCAAUGAACGCCUUCAUGCUGUUUGCCAAGAAGUUCAGGGUGGAGUACACACAGAUGUAUCCAGGAAAGGACAACAGAGCAAUUAGCGUCCUCCUAGGCGAACGGUGGAAGAAAAUGCGAAGUGAGGAGCGGCGGGUGUUUACCGUACAGGCCAAAGCCCUCGCAGAUGAACAGAAAAGACUCAACCCAGACUGCUGGAAACGCAAACGAACCAAUUCUGGUUGUCAGGGAAAUUGAAGCUGCAGGCAAGAAGACGACAGACCUGCAUGAGUUAACACACAUAUACACACACUCAGUAACCUAACACCAUACUUUAAAAUUAUAUUGUUUAUUUUUGUUAACAGAGUUUUCUAUAUCUCCCAAAGUCACUUUCUUCUACUAUUCCUUAUGAAAGGCGCUAUGUGUAAUUGUAAUGAAUAUUGGAAUAUAAAAAGGUAUCAGACAUUACACUUGUACAGUACAGAGUACCAAUGCAAUCAAAAAGUCAAAAUCAAUAGGUUUCUAUUAAUUUAGCGGCAAAAUGACAAUAAGUUGUGAUCACUUUCACUUUUUUCACCAUAUGUUUGAUAGGGGAAGAAGGUGUGGUGCUGUAGCUUAAUUUAGUAAAGUAGAAAAUAUAGUUUUUAUCCCAAAAUUAUAUAAAUAUGUAAAAAAUAUCCUUGCGUGUUUGACCAGUAUUUGCACUCGGUGUAUUGUAAACCCUAACUUUGUUUUUUAUGUUAUUUAUUACAUAAUAUAUAGUUUUUAUUAAAAGAAAUGAGAGACGGUAAAUUCUCAAAUAGAGGCCUUCACUUUUAGAACUCUGCCUUCAGAAUGGGGCAAUUAUGUCUGAUUUCUCCUGUCUUUAAUCAAUAUUUUCUUCUUAAAUGAGCAAUUGUCUGAUUGGCUUUAACUAGGAUGCAGAAUCUAUUUAUUUCUGAAAGUUAGAUUGUUUUUCAUGUAACCCUGGCAUUUCAGAAAUCAGAAACAAAACCAAUAAAAUUAAUGUUGUUGAAUGGCAGGUUAUGCUGACUUUAUUAUCCCCUCUGUUUUGAAUGCCGGCUUUAAUUAAUAGCAAUUAAAUAUUGUCUCAGAUGCCAGAACAUCUUACAUUACAGGACAUUUGCCAAAAUAGGGUGGGUGUUAUCUAUCAUUUACCUGCUAGAAUUUCUUUGAGGAAGACACUGGAAACUUAUAUUUGAGCAUCAGGUGCUCAGAAGAGGAGCAAAAGGACAUCUUCAUGUGUCGAAUAACAUUUAGCUUUGUUUUAAAUAAGUAGGUUUGUGUUUAAUCAUUAAAUCAGUGGAGUCAUUCAACAUGUUGACAGAAAAAAAUGACUCCAACAGAUCUAUACCAUUUCUUUUAGUUUGACAUUUAUCUUGUGCCCCCGUAGAGAAAGUGUUUUUGUAAAGGUUCACGGAGGACAGGGCUGAAGAUACUGAUUUCAGUCAGUGCAUGUGAACGCAUCCAUUAUCAACACUGUGUACAGGCUUUAGAGGCAUCACAUUUCUUGUAUUUGAAUUUCCUUAGUCACUAUUUAUGACAACUUUGAGGACAGGGUGUACAUAGAACAACAAAACCCUUGUCUGACUACAUUGUAAGGUUUAUUCUUAAUGCACUAUACACACUUUAUCUUAUGGGACUGAUACAUUAUACUGACAAAUAUAGAUAUGAUUAUAUAGAUAUAUAUAUAUUUUUUUUGUUUUGACUUAAUCUUUGUUAACCUUUCAAGGUUGCACAUUGAUUAUUUGUUGUUCUUUUUUUCUUUACUAUUGUAUAAUGUACAGGUGAAAUGUGGGAGACAAUGCAAUAUAAUGUAAUAUAGUAAAAAUAAAAGCAUGAUAAAUCCUCCA